CGAAAGCAUGCUCAAGCCAUGUCACAAGAGGCUACGCAUGAAAUGGAGGAGAUGGGAUACCAGGUGUACAACAUGGAACGAUCUCCUAAGUGGGUCUAUGAACAAAAGUACCACCAGCGCUACAAAGAACUGAACCUAUUCGACCCUUCCGACGACUUGAUAGAAGAUAUCGUUAGAAUGUAUG